AUGGGAUGGCCGUCCAUAUUUACCGAAUCCACCCUAGCUCGCUAUAUCCACGCCAUCAAACAUUCCCCGCGCGAGCUGAUCCUGAACUCGCGCUUGUUACUGACCGUCGCAUUGUAUGCGUCAGCGGGUAUUCCUAUCACCUGGGAUCAGGGCUCCUCUUCCGUGGUGCCCUCCUUGCCUGGUUUCCAGCUCAAGUUCGGCAUCACGUCCGCCGCCAACCCCGAGCAGAUCAGCAAUUUCGUCUCCCUUGUGUAUGUCGGGGCUGGGGUUGGAGGUGGCCUGUCUUUCUUUCUCAAUGAUCGCAUCGGCAGGCUGUGGUCGUUUCGGCUAUACAGCGCCGUCUAUAUCGUCGGACAACUGAUCGCAACUUUGUCCGAUGGCCACCUGGGUGCGUUGUAUACGGCCCGCAUCAUCUCUGGUUUGGGGAUUGGAUCUCGCCCCGACCGAGUUCCGGGUCUUCUGUCGGUCUGGUUCAGUGUUGCGAUGUUGUUGGCGUUGACGGUGUCGUGUUUGGUUGUGCUCGCGGCGUAUCUUCAUGUGGCUGUCGGCGCUAUGCAGUAUCAGAUCGUCUUCUUCGUCCCGAUGAUCGUCAUGGCGGUUAUGAUCGCCGUCAGCUUCUUUCUUUACGAAAGUCCUCGGUGGCUUUCCCUGGCAGCACGUGAUGACGAAGCCCUACAUACUCUGACAACUCUGCGUGGACUGCCAGAGUCCCACCACCGAGUCACAUCCGAGAUGGACGCAAUUCGCGACCUCGUCCAGCAUCAAAAAACCAUCGGUACCAGCCUGAUUGCUUCCUGUCGCGAAGCCUUCCUCGUCCCGUCGAACCUGCGCCGAGUCCAACAAGCCGUGCUAUCAUACGCGCUGGCGCAGUUGUCCGGCGCCAACAGCGUCACUUCGUACCUUGUGCCCAUCCUCUCCAUGAUGGGACUGGGAGGGGGGACGGAGCGAUCACUCUUCCUGACUAGCAUGUACAGCAUGGCCAAGUUCUUCUUCACACUCAUGGCUAGCUUCUUUUUCAUCGAUGCACUCGGCAGACGCAAGAGCUUGUUCCUCGGGAUCACUAUCCAGAUGAUCUCGGAUAUCUAUAUCGGGGUGUUUAUUAAGUGGCAGCAAGCUAGGAAUGUGACGGGUCGUGCUAGCGAUGCUGCUGUCGCUGCCAUCUUUCUGCACGGAUUUGGCUAUGCAGUUGGCCUUCUUAUUCUCCCGUAUGUAUUUGGGGCAGAGGUCUGGCCGAAUCAGAUUCGUUCGUUCGGCGCCUCCUUCUCGCAGCUAUUCCAUUGGUUGUUUUACUUCGGGGUGAACAAGGGCAUGCCGUCGUUGCUGACGAAUACGCAUAACUGGGGUGCGUUCUUGUUCUUUGCCGGGUGGUGCUUUGUCGCCCUGUUGUAUGUGUUCUUUAUCGUGCCAGAGACGGCUGGUCUGGGGCUUGAGAGUCUUGACGCCGUCUUCGAGCAGCCCUUGUGGAAGGCGUAUCUGAGUACCAGGCGACUGCAGAAGCCGGUAGUUGUGUCUGCGGAAGACCCGUAA